GCCUCGUUUUCGUGCCAACGUCUCAGCACUGACCGUCCCCUCAGCCACAACAUCCCACCAGAGCACACUGCUACAGACACCCGCCGUCGAUUAAAAUGGCCAACACUGAGGGAAACAAGCUUUGGGGAGGUCGUUUCGUGGGAGACACUGACCCUAUCAUGGAGAAGUUCAAUGCAUCCAUCGCGUAUGACCAGAGGAUGUGGGAUGCAGACAUACGUGGCAGCAAGGCUUAUGUUAAAGCUCUGGAAAAGGCAAAACUGGUCAGCACGGAGGAGAUGGAGCAGAUCUUAAAUGGGAUGGAUCAGAUUCAUGAAGAGUGGUCUAAAGGGAUUUUUGUGAUCAAUCCUGGAGAUGAAGACAUUCAUACUGCCAAUGAGCGCAGACUAAAGGAGCUGAUUGGAGCGCCUGCAGGGAAGCUGCACACUGGUAGGAGCAGAAACGACCAGGUGGUGACUGACAUGAGGCUGUGGCUACGAGAUGCCAUCAUAACCCUGACAAACAACACCCUGCAGUUAAUAUCGACCAUGGUUGAGCGGGCGGCAGCAGAAAUUGACGUCCUCUUUCCUGGCUACACCCACAUGCAGAGGGCUCAGCCAAUCAGAUGGAGCCACUGGAUUCUAAGUCAUGCUGUUGCUCUUAGCCGAGAUGUGGAACGACUUCAGGAGAUCAAGAGGAGAGUUAACGUCUUACCUCUCGGCAGUGGAGCCAUCGCUGGAACACCAUUUGACAUUGACAGGGAGCUCUUGCAGAAAGAGUUGGCGUUUGAUGGCAUCAGUCUAAACAGCAUGGACGCCACAGGUCAAAGAGACUUUGUAGUGGAGUUCUUGUUCUGGGCUUCGUUGUGUUUGACCCAUCUCAGUAAGAUGGCUGAGGACCUGAUGCUGUACAGCACUAAAGAGUUCUCCUUCGUCACACUCUCAGACGCCUACAGCACUGGCAGCAGUCUGAUGCCCCAGAAGAAGAAUGCUGACAGUCUGGAGCUGAUCAGGAGUAAAGCAGGCCGUGUCUUUGGCAGAAGCGCAGGGUUCAUGAUGACACUGAAAGGCCUGCCCAGCACCUACAACAAGGACCUGCAAGAGGAUAAGGAGGCCAUGUUUGACUGCUAUGAUACUGUUCAGGCGGUGCUGCAGGUGACAACUGGUGUCAUGUCAACUCUGAAGAUCAACCAGAGUGUGAUGGAAGCUGCUCUCAGUCCUGACAUGUUGGCUACUGAUCUGGCCUACUUCCUUGUGAGGAAAGGGGUACCAUUCAGAGAGGCCCAUGGUCUUUCUGGCAAAGCUGUGUUUGCAGCUGAAUCCAAAAACAUCGCCCUGAAUCAACUCACUGUGGAAGACCUGACUGCUGUUAGCCCUCUGUUUGGGAACGACAUAUCCUCAGUGUGGGACUACAGGAGCAGUGUGGAGCAGUAUAGCGCCUCCGGUGGCACAGCCAAGAGUAGCGUUGCUGCACAGGUGGAACACCUGAGGACCUGGCUGAAGAAACAGGCACAGUGACCUCCACCCAAUUUUACCCAAAGAUCCUGAAUCAGGUUUACUGCCACAGUUUAGAUUAGUUUGAACUGUCCAGCUGAGGUCAAAGGGAAAUACGUAAAACUUGAAAACCACAUUGCCUUUCAAACAUUGUGCUGUCUUCUCUUUAAAUAAGUAUGACAUGCCAGCUGCUGGUGUGAAACCUUGACAUGUUUCUGUUGAUCAUGUAGGAAUCUGUUACAAAAGACCUGACCAUUGUAAAAUGGCUGCCAGAAUAAUAAACGGUGUUAUUAGAGCC